AUGGAGGUAAAACCGCUGCCUGGUCGCCCCCAGCCUGACUCUGGCCGUCGCCGCUGCUGCUGGGGGGGGUGGGGGUAUGAUCCAAAAGAACCAGAGCAGUUGAGAAAGCUAUUUAUUGGUGGACUGAGCUUUGAAACUACAGAUGACAGUUUGAGAGAACAUGUUGAGAAAUGGGGCACACUCACAGAUUGUGUGGUCAUGAGAGACCCCCAAAGCAAGCGUUCCAGAGGCUUUGGCUUUGUGACUUACUCAUGUGUUGAAGAGGUGGAUGCGGCAAUGUGUGCUCGGCCACACAAGGUUGAUGGGCGUGUAGUGGAACCAAAGAGAGCUGUUUCUAGAGAGGAUUCUGUAAAACCUGGUGCCGAUUUGACAGUGAAGAAAAUUUUUGUUGGUGGUAUUAAAGAAGAUACAGAAGAGUAUAAUCUGAGAGACUACUUUGAAAAGUAUGGCAAAAUUGAAACCACAGAAGUGAUGGAAGACAGGCAGAGUGGAAAAAAGAGAGGAUUUGCUUUUGUAACUUUUGAUGAUCAUGAUACAGUUGAUAAAAUUGUUGUUCAGAAAUAUCACACUAUUAUUGGGCAUAAUAGUGAAGUGAAAAAGGCCCUUUCUAAGCAAGAGAUGCAGUCGGCUGGGUCACAGAGAGGUCGUGGAGGUGGAUCUGGCAACUUUAUGGGUCGUGGUGGAAACUUUGGAGGUGGUGGAGGUAAUUUUGGUCUUGGUGGAAACUUUGGUGGAGGUGGCUAUGGUGGUGGAGGUGGUGGCAGCAGAGGGAGGUAUGGUGGUGGUGAUGGUGGUUAUGAUGGAUUUGGAGGUGAUGGUGGCAACUAUGGUGGUGGUCCUGGUUAUAGUAGUAGAGGAGGCUAUGGUGGUGGUGGACCAGGAUAUGGAAACCAAGGUGGUGGAUAUGGUGGAGGAGGAGGAGGAUACAAUGAUUACAAUGAAGGAGGAAAUUUUGGUGGUGGUAACUAUGGUGGAGGUGGGAACGACAAUGAUUUCGAAAAUUAUAGUGGACAACAGCAGUCAAAUUAUGGACCCAUGAAGGGGGGCAGUUUUGGUGGAAGAAGGUCUGGCAGUCCCUAUGGUGGUGGCUAUGGAUCUGGUGGUGGAAGUGGUGGAUAUGGUAGCAGAAGGUUUUAAAAACAGCAGAAAAGGGCUACAGUUCUUAGCAGGAGAGAGAGCGAGGAGUUGUCAGGAAAGCUGCAGGUUACUUUGAGAUAGUCGUCCCAAAUGCA